AAUUGCCUUUAAACCUCACCGAAGAAGAAUAUAGGAAUAUUGCGUAUUACGGAUACGAUAAAUUGAUUUGACUUCGAAGGCUGGAAUAGACAGCAACAGGUAGCCGAAGAGAGCGUCUUCAGCAUUUAACCGGAUCGUUCGACAGAGCACGAAUUUACCAUGUCCUCCAACAACAAUUUUUCAUCAUUUGAUGAGAAUGAAUCAAAAUUUAUGAGGAAAGCAAAGGAGUCGCCGUUUGUCCCAAUAGGCAUGGCAGGAUGUGCUGCAGUGGUAACCUUUGGUCUGUGGAGGCUGAAGUCACGGGGGAACACAAAGAUGUCAGUCCACCUCAUCCACAUGCGUGUUGGAGCUCAAGGCUUUAUAGUAGGCGCAAUGACAUUAGGGGUGAUCUACUCCAUGUACAAAGAAUACGGUGCCCACAAGGACCUGGGUAAAGACGGCAAGUGAGCCAAUCAGCAACUGGCUUGACCAGAGAACGCAUCAAGCCUGCCAUUCCUGCAUUGUACUUUUUAAAAUAGAAGUCCUAGAAUGGAUCAUAUCUGUCAAAGUAACAUUCCAUUGAUGGCAAGUAAUUUAUACUGAACAAACAUAUAAACACAACAUGCAACAAUUUCAAAGAUUUUACUGAGUUACAGUUCAUAUAAGGAAAUCAGUCAAUUGUAAUAAAUUCAUGAGGCCCAAAUCUAUAGAUUUCACAUGGCUGGGCAGGGAUGCAGCCAUGGGUGGGCCUGGGAGGGCAUAGGCCCACCCAAUCAGAAUUAGUUUUUCCCUGCAAAAGGGCUUUAUUACAGAAAUACUCCUCAGUUUCAUCAGCUGUCCAGGUGGCUUGUUUCAGACAAUACCGCAGGUGACGAAGCCAGAUGUGGAGAUCCUGGGCUGGCGUGGUUACACUUGGUCUACGGUUUUGAGGCCAUUUGGAAGUACUGCCAAAUUCUCUAAAACGACAUUGGAGUCUGCUUAUGGUAGAAAUUAACAUUUAUUUCUCAGGCAAUAGCUUUGGUGGACAUUCCUCCAGUCAGUAUGCCAAUUGCAUAUGCCCUCAACUUGAGACAUCUGUGGCAUUGUGUUGUGUGCCAAAACUGCACAUUAUUAGUGGCCUUGUCCCCAGCACGAGGUGCACCUGUGUAAUGAUCAUGCUGUUUAAUCAGCUUCUUGAUAUGCCACACCUCUCAGGUGGCUGGAUUAUCUUGGCAAGUGAGAAAUGCUCACUAACAGGGAUGUAAACACAUUUGUGCAUAGAAUGAGAGAACACUUUUGCUUAUAGAACAUUUCUGGGCUCUCUAAUUUUUGCUCAUCAAACUUGGGACCAACACUUUACGUUUUAUAUUUUUCUGUAUAUUUUGGAUGAGGUUGUCUUUUUGUUUAGUAGCAUUUCAAUCUGGCAAUGACUUUGAAAAAGUAUAUACAUGUCAGGAAAUUGGCCAGCACAUCCAUUGUGUGUUCUAUUUAUCAUUCUCUCUGCUAGACAGCUGCUGUAAACCACUAGUAAAAUAUCACCUUUUAGGUAACUAAACCCAUAGACUACUAUAGUUAAUCCAUACACUGAUCCUCGCCAUGAGUUAUUUGUGUGUGUGUGUGUAUAUCUAGCUUAUUUACUUUGACAUGUGUGAACUGUUUUUAUUCUACAGGAACAGAAGUAGGUUGUACUUUCAACUAACUAUCCACACACUAACUAGUCUAACGAGAAGUAUUGGCAAAAAACCUUAUCAAGCUAAGGUGGUCACUCUGUCCAGCCUCACUGUUCAUGAGUUUGUACUUUGAAAAAUAAAUAUAUAUUUUAAAGUGACCAGAAAUAUUUUUUGAGCAUAA